AUGGCCGAGGGGACUUCGUAUGGCAUUGUGCCCUUCAUGAAUCGUAAGCAGCUCGCAGUCGUCUCUGCACUCGUGGGAGCUGGCGGAAACCUCGGUGCCGUGAUCGCGGGCUUCUGCUUCUACAAGCCCAUCCAGGAUGCCCUGACCCCAUUCAAAGUACACGCUGGUUACGUCCUGUUCUGGGCCCUUCUGAGCCCCUGCUACUACUGGUCCGAGUACGGAGGGAUGUUCGCGGGCCCUGCAACAGAUUACGACAAGAGCAAGGGCCAGAGCAGCGAAUCCGAAGGGUCCACAGAGUCAGAGGCCACAAGUGAUCGGUGCUAG